CAGAUCCCUAACACCGGCACCAAAAUCUGCUAGAUUUGCUUAAUGUUUUUCAGAAAAUAAUGAACGACAAGGCUGGCAACUGUCAUAGUGGAUCACAAGCUUGUGCCGCGUGUAGAUACCAACGUAGAAAAUGUGCUAAAGAUUGCCCUCUAGCCCCAUUUUUCCCUCCUCAUCGUCAAAAAGACUUUCUGAAUGCCCACAAACUCUUUGGCGUCAGUAACAUUGUCAAAACCAUACGGGACUUGAACUCUGACCAAAAAAAGAUAGCCAUGCACUCAAUUGUCUUUGAAGCUAAUGCUCGUGCAAAUGACCCUGUUUAUGGAUGCUGCCCUAUUAUUUGGGAGCUUCAGCGCCAGUACAUGUAUUUCAAGACCGAGUACGAUCUCGUGCUUAAACAACUCUCCAUUUUGCAUGCCCAAAUGGCGGGUCCUUCAACUUUUAUUAGCAAUAUUGAUGUGAAUACGUCCCACGUAUCUUAUUCUCAACUACAACACGCAGAAGAACACCAUGGUAAACAACAACCAUAUGCGGCAGAUGUGUCUGAGGCGGUUGGUUUUGUUGCCAAUGAUUCAACUCAUGGUAAACAACCAUUGGAAGAUGUGUCAGAGGAUAUCAAACCACUUCUGAUAUUCGAUGAUAUCAAUGAUUCAACUCAAUGCAGUAAAAAGGUGGAAGGUUUUGGCUCAAUUCAAGAUGAACUGCAAGAAUCAACAAUCCAUGCCAGCAAUUAGCCAUAAUAAUUUUUUUCAUUAAAGCAUUUUUAUAAAUUUUAGAAUAGCAACAUUUUUUAUUUUUUGUUUAAUGAUGUAGGAUGUAUUGUAUCAUCAAAUAUAAACAUUUGAAAGUU